AUGAUUGAAACUUAUUUGAUGUGGCUAGCUGGCAAACAAGUCACUGGAAAUGCGGAGCAAAUUCCUAUAGAGGACCCUGCGACUGGCGAGACCUUUGCCCAGUGUAAUGCAGCAUCUUCCGAUGAUGUCAAGAAAGCAGUUGAAGCCGGCCAUGAAGCUUUCAAAUCAGGUGUUUGGUCUCGAGCAAGUCGCCAUGAUCGCGCCAAUGUGCUCGAGAAAUGCGCGACCCUACUAACGGAAGCAUUGCCACAACUUAUUCUUCUGGAAACAAGACAAACCGGUCGUGCAAUUCGCGAAAUGAAUGCGCAGGUCCCAUCGCUGGUGAAAUGGUUCAAAUACUACGCCUCAAUACUACGCGUUGAAGAACGCUCUGUUCUCCCCACUACGGGCAAGCUUCACAACUUCGUCGACCGCAGACCAUUGGGUGUAGUGGUCCAAAUUACUCCUUUCAACCAUCCUUUGCUCAUCGCAGUGAAGAAGCUGGCUCCGGCCCUUGCCGCUGGCAACAGUGUGAUUAUCAAACCGAGUGAACUGACGCCUUUGAGCACCCUUCUCCUGGCGAGGAUUCUUCAUGAAGCUGGACUCCCUGCUGGAGUCCUUAGUGUACUGCCUGGAAUCGGAGCCAUAACUGGCAGUGCUCUUGUCUCGCAUCCUCUGGUAAGAAAAGUUGACGUUACGGGAGGCACUACGGCCGGAAAGGCGAUCGGGUCAAUCGUUGGUGGGAACUUGGCGAAGUACACUGCGGAGCUCGGCGGCAAAGCGCCACUGGUCGUCUUCGAAAAUGCCAAUAUAGAUAUGGCAAUUAAUGGUAUCGCUUUCGGAAGCUAUAUCGCAAGCGGACAGACCUGCGUCGCCAGCACGAGAAUCAUUGUGCAGAAUUCUAUCAUGUCUGAAGUCACCGAGAAGUUAAAGUCAAAGGUUCAGAAUAUAACGAGUCGAAUGGGAUCUCCCAAAAACCCAGAGUCCAUGAUGGGGCCUAUCAUCUCCGAGCGUCAACUGAAGAAUGUGGCAAGUUUGGUCGGCGAGGCGCUCGAGAACGGCAAUGCAGUCACCCUCACCGGCGGGAGACGAAUGACCGGUAUAAGUCCACUAGAUGGGUUUGAAUUCUCUAGAGGAUCAUUCUACGAGCCAACCGUGCUUCUCUCGCAAGGCAAAAGCAUUCUCAAUGCCUUAAUUUGGCACAAGGAGGCAUUUGGACCUGUCAUCGUUGUGAUAGGCUUUGACAGUGAAGAGGAAGCUAUAGGUUUGGCCAAUGACUCCGAAUUUGGGCUUGGAGCCGGGGUGUGGACCCAAGAUCUUUCACAGGCUUUCCGAGUCUCGGAGCAGAUCGAUGCUGGAAUUGUAUGGGUAAACACUCACCACCGAAAUGACCCGAGCAGCCCCUGGGGAGGGGUCAAAUCCUCCAGCGGCGUGGGAAGUGAGAAUGGACAGGACGCAUACAAUGCCUAUACUACCACGAAGAGCACAAUUAUCAACUUUGCGACGUCGGAGGAGGCCUUGGAAAAAGAAGAUUGGUUUGCGGAUGAUUCGAAGGACGUCCGAUAUGGUUAA